CUCAUGGCGCCGCGGUCAAACAAAGCAAAUUCUACCAGGAACUUCCGGCAGAUAGCAUGGUGAAGCACUCCCAUCUCGUGAAGGUCUUCUGUGUAUCCUUCCUCCUUGUGUCUGGCGUCGCUGCCCAGGGUGAUGACACUAUUGCACCAACUACGACUUCCAGGCCAACUCGCCCUCCGAUCACGUUUGGCCCCAUUACCGUUGAACCUACCACGACAAAGGUGCCGACAUUAAAGCCGACGACUGUCUCCCCCACGACCACGGCAGCCAAGACGACUGUUGAGCCCACGCCCACAGUGACGGAAACGGAAUCGCCGGCGCCGACGCCAACGGAAACGGCGGCGCCGGUGACGACGACAACGACUGGACCAACUACCACUCGUAAAACCACCACAGCGAAACCCACAACCACCAAUGCCGCGAUCGAAGAGACUUCUGCGACUGCUGCCCCUAUCACAACUCUACGAACGACCACCAUGGCACCAGCUGCCGACGAAGGCAGCAGCAUCGGCCUGUACAUUGGGUUGGGUGUAGGUGGCGCUGUCCUUUUGGCCGGAAUUGUCUUCUUGCUUCUCAGACUGAAGCAAGCUCGCGACGAUGACGACGAUGACUACGAAGAAGCCCACACGUACAAGGUUACUGCCCCCGCCUACACAAAACCUGCGCCCGCCGUUGCCAUCCUGAACGCCAACGCCCCUCCUGCCAAGGCACCGCAAAUUUUGACCCAGCAGUACAACCCCUACACAAACAAUAAUGCUGCUCCGUUGUACCAGCAGCAACGAUCGCUGCAACCGACCAACGCUGCGCCUGCCGUCGGGUCCUACCUGAACACAACGUCCACCCACCAUGACUCGGAGUUUGAAUACGAAGGUCAGCACUCUGCAGCCUUGGCGGCCAUCCCCACUGGAGGAUACGACACGGACCGUGAGUCAGAGUUCGCCUCCCAGUCGUUCCUCAACGACCCGUCCGGACAGCACACUGUGUUCGAGUUCAAGGACUCGAUUGACUCGCGCGACAGCAGUUUGUCGGAAGACUUGCAGAUCUCUCCCAAGCGCAACGGUCGCGCCCGUGUGUCGUCGGUCGAGUUGUAGAUUUGCUAUCGUCGCCACUGCCUCGAUGUGCUGUGCAAGUGUUCGCGAAUCGAAUUCUUACGCGUUCGUGUUUAAACAGAAUUAAAAACCAACGGGUAGGGUCUGCUGGG